UCUCAUGUUGCCCUAUCUUUCUCUUGUUACCGUUGAAGCACAAAAGCUAAGCAAUCAAAGAGUAGAGAAAAUUCAUCCUCCGUAAGAGUAGUAUAAAAAAAAAGCAAGUGAAAACAGCAGAAAAGUGCAGCAAACCAAACUCAGCCAUUACCUUACUCCACACCCAACACAAUACCUUCCUCCCAAGACAACCAAGGCACAAUCCUCCCUCCCAAGAAAACAAAAGCACUAAAAUAGCCGUAUUACCAUUAGUACACCUCAGAAUUUUCCAUCUUUUCCUCUCUGUUUUUCUUUCCUCGAGAAAGUUAGAAGAAGGGAAUUCAAUUCCAUUCCCUUCUUACAAACAAACCCAUAAACAAAAGAAAGAAAUAAUUCAAUUCUAUUGUUUACAAUUUUCCCAUUUUGUCAUGACUGAAACCAUGGACACUACAACCUCAACAACAUCAAAACAACCACAAAUUUCUGAAAUGUUUUCAAAAUUUGCACUUGCUUUCAAGACCAAAACUUUCGAAUUCUUCGCCGAUGAAAUUUCUGACACCGACGAAGGCUUCUCCCUCCUUGACUCUGCCGAGGAUUUUAUCCCUGACCAGAAAGUCAUAAUCUUGAAACCUGACCAACCCUUGAAUCAAAAUCAAGAAUUUUUGUCACAGCAAGAGUUGAGAGUGAAAAAGAGUGAGACCCAGAUCAAGCAUUUAAAUACCCAGCUGGCUAAUACUUUGAUUUCUUCAGUUUUUGCUAAAGUUUCUUCAUUUGAAGCUUCUUAUUUGCAGUUACAAAUUGCACACGUUCCUUUUAAUGAAGAGAACAUUAAAGUAGCUGAUAAGGCUUCAGUUUCAGUUCUUCAAAGGUUGUCUGAUUUGAAGCAAGUUUAUAGGGAUAUGUGUAAGAAUCCUGAUUCUGGUGAUGAUUUGCCAAUUGGAUCUUGCUUGGAAGCUCAAGUAGAAGAGAAUCAAAGCAAGUUGAGAAUUAUGGGGACUGUUUCUAAUAGUUUGCAAGCAGAGAUUGAUAAAAAAGAUUGCGAGGUUUCGGCUUUGAAGAAGAAAUUGAUUGAGGUACAAAAGUCCAAUUCUUUAUUGUCUAAGAGGUUGCUCAGUAGUUUGAAUUUGAAUUCUAAGGUCUUGUUGACUGUUAAGGUUUUUGAUUCUGUGCUAAAUGAUGCUUGUAGAACAAUGCAUAAGUUUACUAAGAUAUUGGUUGGUUUGAUGAGAAAAGCUGGGUGGGAUUUGGAUUUGGCGGCCAAUUCUGUUCAUUCUGAUGUUGGUUAUGUGAAAAGAGGGCAUAAUCGUUACGCAUUUUUGUCUUAUGUUUGUUUGGGGAUGUUUAAAGGUUUUGAUUUAGAAGGGUUUGGUUUGGAGAGUGACGGUGAGAUUUUAUGCAACGGGCAUGACUCUGUUUCGGUUAAGAGUAAUAGCGCGUUGAAGCAAUUACUUGAGCAUGUAUCUAGCAAUCCUAUGGAGUUGCUAAGUAGGAAUCCUACGUCUGAAUUUUUGAGAUUUUGUGAAAAGAAGUAUCAAGAGCUUAUACACCCAACAAUGGAAUCCUCGAUUUUCAGCAAUUUCGAUCAAAAUGAAUUUGUGUUGAAUUCAUGGAGGUCACUUGGGAUGUUCUAUGAGUCAUUUGUUAACAUGGCUAGUUCUGUAUGGACACUUCAUAAACUGGCGUUUUCUUUUGAUCCCGUGGUUGAUAUUUUUCAAGUGGAAAGAGGGGUUGAUUUUUCAAUGGUGUAUAUGGCAGAUGUCACGGGGAGAUGCACCAUGCCAGGUAAAACCAGGCUGAAGGUUGGGUUCACAGUGGUUCCAGGAUUUAAAAUCGGGAGAACAGCUAUCCAAUCUCAGGUUUAUUUAUGUGGCUCAACAUGUACAGAAUAAUUGUUUAUGUUUUCUGCCAAAGCAAAGCAAUUUAUGUUUUGCUUGGAAUCUCUGCACUAAAUUUGAACAUCAAGGGUUUGCAACUGUGGCCAAACUACAGGGGCACAAGAAUCCGAAGGUAACAGGUCAGGGUUUUAAUGCAUACACCAGUUAAAUAUGCUCAAGGAGGAAUUGGAAAUAUAUAUGCUCAGACAAACCAGCUAUUUAUUGUGCUGUUUCACCAGGCAUUAAGAGCAACUAUGGCAUGCAGCUCUUGGCUAUCUUUUGAUGUGCAGUUAUAGGAUUAUACUUACAGUUAGGUUGUGAAUUUACACACACCUCCUUUCAUCUUUCUUUCCUUGCUCCAAGUCCCGUGUAAAAAUGGCUGUAAAUGUAUGUUUUUAACUUCUCUGUUUUGGUAUUGAUUGCAAGCUCUCUUCUAACUCA